ACCAUGGAUAAAGAGUUUAAGAAGUGGAUGAAAUGGUACGGGAAGAAACACGGGGAGUACACACUGGAGAGGGGUGAUUUUCUGUCUGAAGAAUGGAAAGAAAGAAUCGCCAACACAAGUAUUAUUUUUGUGAAUAACUUCGCCUUUGGUCCAGAGGUAGAUCACCAGCUGAAGGAACGUUUUGCUAAUAUGAAGGAAGAAGGGAAAAUUGUGUCCUCUAAACCCUUUGCACCGUUAAAUUUUAGAAUCAACAGUCGAAACUUAAGUGAUAUUGGCACAAUUAUGCGCGUGGUGGAACUUUCUCCACUAAGGGGCUCUGUAUCGUGGACUGGAAAACCUGUUUCAUACUACUUGCAUACCAUAGACCGCACUAUACUUGAAAACUAUUUUGCUAGUCUAAAAAAUCCUAAACUCAGGGAGGAGCAAGAGGCAGCUAGACGUCGUCAACAAAAAGAUACAAAGGACAGUAAAAGCAAUAGCACCACUCCCACAAAACCUAAGGAGCAUCCCAAGCAGCAGGAUUCGGGUGGUGAGGAGGAGCGUCCGAGCUUGGUGACAGUGGUCAAACCACCUGCCAAGCCCCGACGAGCCCGCUUGUUGUCUAAAGGUCGCAAGCUGAACAAUAAGAAACGUGGUCGACCUAAGAAAGCCACCCCUGCUGCUGAGAAGAACAAGAAGAACCAGAGUGCUUUGGAUUUGCUGCAUGCAAAGACACUUUCUGCAGCGCCCCCUCAGGAUGCAAACCGGCCAGCUCAGAGUCCAUUUCACCAGCUACCUCUCAAGGUUCAGCACUAUCCUCCCAGUCAACUGCUGCUGAGCCCGACUCCUCCUGCUCUGCAACAGCUGCUUGAUAACAUCAAAGUCCAGUACCUCCAGUUCAUGACCUACAUGAAGACUCCUCAGUAUCGCACCAACCUGCAGCAGCUUUUAGAGCAGGAGAAGCAAAAACACAGAGACUUAUCAGGACAGGCGGAGCAGCUUCAUUUUGUCUGUCAGUCUCACAAGGACAAGAUCAAAGGUCUAUUUCAAACCAAACUAGAUGAGCUUGGAGUAAAAGCCCUGACUGUGGAGGACCUCCUCCAGGCCCAGAAGGAGAUAUCAGCCCACAAUCGCCAGCUGAAAGAGCAGACUAAGCAACUUGAGAGAGACAUGGUGCUGCUCAGAGACCACAGCCUGCUAUUGCUGAAGUCUCGGUGUGAGGAGCUGAAGUUAGACUGGGGCUCUUUGUGUUUGGAGAGUUUGUUGAAGGAGAAGCAGGCACUGCGUAGACAGAUCUCUGAGAAACAAAAACACUGCUUGGAGCUGCAGAUCAGCAUUGUGGAGUUGGAGAAAAGUCAGAGGCAGCAAGAAUUGCUUCAGCUCAAAUCCUACAGUCCCUGUGAGGUCUCCCCAUAUAGAAAGAGCCUGGAGUCACGUACUUCCACAGAUCUGGACUCUCUGAAGCUCGGCCUGUCCUCAGCACCCAUGCUCAACGGCAUCAAUCCAGAGCUUUCUAUCAACGGCACCAGCUCACCGUGUUUCGACCGGGCUAACACGAAGGUUGAGUUUCCUCGUUACCUGCCCAUCUCCCCGGACCACGAGCUUGUGUCCGCCACCCCUGAUUCACGACAGCGGCAGCAAAGUUCUUCCCACGCGCUUCCAGAUUACACCCGCUUCUCCCCCGCCAAGAUUGCCUUACGAAGGCACCUUAACCAGGACCCCACUGCCUCAGCUCACCUGAGGGGUACAGGGCUGACCGCACACAGGGAACUGGGUGGUGUAAACUCUUCACUUGGAGCCAAACUAAACUGCCCCUCUCCCAGUGCAUCUGAUGUUCUGUGUAAUCCUAAAAUCUCAGAGAAGAGUGGUAAGGACAGGAGUCCAUCAGUUCAGAGUGACAGUAUCACAAGCCUUCCAAUCAGCAUCCCUCUGAGCACCGUCCACCCGAGUAAAUUACCUGUCAGCAUCCCACUGGCCAGCGUGGUGCUGCCUAGUCGUGCUGAGAGACUGAGAAGUACUCCAAGUCCCGUCUCUCAGGGAGGUCAGAUCAAUGGAUAUUCAUCAAGCUCAGGGAUAAUGAAUGGAGGUCCCCACCCUGAGGACCAUAAUGGUGCUUCUUUAUCACCACCUUCUCACAACGGCACGUCUUUGACGGGACCAAUGGGCCGAGCAGGUCCCAUUCAGAGCCCUUCGCUGAGCACUGGAGGGGUGCUCCAGUAUGCCGACGGACCUCCCAGAAUCCUUCCAGAAGACGGAGCAGACCGCCAAGUUGGGGAGUCAGACACAGAACCGCAAGACGGUGAACUUCGGAGGAGGAUGUACUUCUCCUCUUCCUCCUCUUCGUCUUCCUCUUCAUCAGGCAGCGUGGCUGCAGGAUCUCGCCUCCAUCAUCACACCGGCAGCUCGGCCAAGCAGGGAUACCACAACCACGUCAACAACCACCACCACCACCACCACCAGUCCCCGGGCACGCAGCACGCACACACGCCCACACACACGUCGUCUUCACACACGCUCACCUCUCAGGAGGGCCGCAAGCGAGGCAGAAGGAAGCGCAGCUCUGCAGGGGCCGUCAUGCCCGGCGGAUCUCCGAAAAGGAGGUCUUUCCCUGGGGUCAGCUCGAACAACCACUCCUCAGGAUCUCCACUCAACAUCAACUCCAUGGUAAACAACAUCAACCAGCCUCUGGAGAUUUCUGCCAUUUCUUCCCCUGAGCAGUCGAGCCACAGCCCCAAUAGUGCCGACCUGGAUCAACCCCCCAUCUUGAAGAGAGAGCGCCCCCUAGAGCUUAAUGGUACAGGUCGAUACUCAACAGCCCCCAGCUCCGAUGAUGAGGACUCGGGAUAUCCUGCAGACAGCUCCAGUUCUCGUAUUGAAAGAAAAAUUGCCACUAUUUCCUUGGAAAGCAGAGACGGCCAUGGAAGACUCUGUGAUGGUGAACAAGCAGGCAGGAAAUCGAGCAGCAGCAGUGGGAACAGUACAGGAAGUGAUGCCUCCUCAUCCUCCUUGUCCUCUGCCAGCAAAUGGAAAUCUACCUUUUCACCCAUUUCUGAUCCCAAGCUUCCCGGUUCUGACUUAAGACAGGGUGGCUCUCCGUUCAGCGUGGGGGGAUCAAGUCGGGGCACCGACUCAGACUCGGACCACAAACAGCAGGGGAGGAAGGGGAGUGAUGGGGACUCCUCCAGCUACAUGGCUCCCAAUCCUUUUCUCAGUCAGGAGACAGUGGGGCGGGGUGGAGGCAGCGGUGCUGGUGUUGUCCCAGGAGGAUCUGGCUCAGACCAACGCCAAGCUCUCCAGAAGCAAAAAGCGUCGCGUGACUGGGAUCUGAAGACCUGCAGCAGCAUGGCCAGCCAGAACCUCUUCAUUUCAGCUGCUGCCAGCAGUGGAGGAGGCAUUCUGAGCGGGAAGGUGGGAGGCAGUCCUGUAGCAGUUUCCUCAACCACCGGGUCAUCUGUGGGGCCGUACCUGGGCUCUCAGUUCCAACUCGGCGGGACUUCGGUCUUACAGUCUUUGUUCGGGGCCCAGACUGGUGUUUCCACUGUGAACGGGACACCGAGGCUUGUGAACGGACACUCUGCCCUGGGAAGCUUCUCCAGCGCGGGGCUGGCAGGUGGAGCAGCUGGAGGUAUAUUUCACCACAUGGUUCCCUCAGUGUCCUCUCAUCAGUUUGGGGCAACACUGCCCACCUCUGGAGGCCUCAGCUCUCUGCUCAGUCUCUCCUCCUCCUCCUCCUCCUCCUCUUCCUCCUCCCAAACCCAGGCAGCCUCCACACGUCUGACCUCUGUCACCUCACCCCUCCCUCUCUCCCAGGCCCAGCACAGCCGCACACAGUCGGUUCUUCACAGCCCCUCUCACCCUACACACUCCCUGCCCCCUCCGCCACCUUUGCACAGCGUCUCCUCUUCCUCCUCUGCUUCCACGGCACCAACGCACCCCGACACUCCGGCCUCUACUCGAUCCGAGCCCCCCGCCCCCCCGCGUCCGUCCCAGUCCUCCCUGCACCACCAGAGGGUCCAGUUAUGCCUCACUCUGUCCAUCUCCUCUUCCUCCACCUCUGCAGCUUCUGUCUCUACCACCGYUGCUGCUUCUGCCUCCCACUCCUCCUCCUCCUCCUCUCUGUCAUCCUCCUCUUCCUCCUCAUCGCGUCCAUUCACAGUGCACUACUCCCCCCGGCUGCCCCCUCCACCUCCAGCCAACAGCUCGGGUGGUGGUGGGAGCAUGUGGAGGACUCAGAGCAUGCAUGGGUCCUACAGCAACUCCCAGCUCCCCGGCUCCCGACCUAGAUAGGAUGUGGGUGUAAGGGGGAGGGAGGGUGGAGAGGGGGAGGGCAGAGGGCAAUCAGAGGGUGGAUAGAUGGCGAUAGGGAUUGAGAGACAGGAUACCUGUAUUUCCUGUGUUUCUACCAGCUGCUGUUCUGAUUAAACAAGGUAAUUGAUGAAAUCUACCUCAAAAUUCAAUAAACUAUGCAAAUGUCCAGGUGUGGACCAAGGCACUCUUCUCACUCACUGGUGCUUCAUCCUGUCUGCACUACCCAACCGCCUCCAAGACCGGCUCCUGUACUGGGCUGUAUAAAACACACACACACACACACACACACACAAUCUUUCUAGUUCUAGAGCAGAAUUUAUUGUUGCUGCUCGUGUUUUUGUGUGGUGUAAAUUAAUUGAGUAUAAGUCUGUAAAUCAGCUCUGAAAGAAUAGAAACAUGAUGUCGGAUUAACUUUAAGGUGCUCUAACAUGUUCAUUCAGUCAGAAUCAUAACGACCACCGUUCAGCAAACACAAACAUGCAUCAUUCAACAGACUGAAAGACCUUUCUGAGCUGGAUCAGGCGUCACGCUUCUUCCAAAGUUUAACUUGUGUGUUUGUGCGUGUUAGCGUGACCCACGACACGGAGGCAGCUCAGCGAGCAGACGUCGUGCAGCUUCGCCUUCACGCAUGCCCUCCCCGUUUUCUUCAUCAUAUUUCUGCAUAAAGCAAAUUGAGGAACUUUAAAGUUCACACUGGAUGCUGAGGUGCAGUUACGCAGAGGAUAUUGGCUGGUUAGUUGACACCCCUUGUUUUCAU